AUGGUAGGCAAGAAAAGUGGAAAGGCUCUCCUCCGCGAGGAGGGUCUCGAACGCACCGAUAACAACAUGGACCUCACCACCUGGCCACAAGUUGUGGCCAUCAACCAGAAGAAUUACUACACCGAUUACCUCAAACGGGACGAGCAGAUCCUUGCAUUCAGAAGUCAGCAUGAAGAGACUCGCAAUAGAAUGGUUAAGGAAGCCAAAGAUCGUGACCGAGCACUAGCGCAUGGACAACUUGUUGGUCCCGACGGCGAUGUCGAGAUGGACGAUGAUCAAGAACAAGAUGAGGAUGAAGACGAAGCCUCCAAUGGCUCGAAAUGUAUCGUGCUCCAUCUAGGCAGCCAGAAUCUCCGUGUCGGACUAGCCAGUGAUGCCCUCCCGAAGACGGUCCCCAUGGUUAUUGCAAGACGUGCCGCUGCGUCCGAAGCCGAAGAUGAGGAUGGAGAACCUGCACCGAAACGCGUCAAGCUUGACAAUGGCCUCGUACCGAAUGAGCCUGAGAAGCGCUUUGGCGAAGAUUUCGCAAAGAAGUUCACCGGCAUGUCUAACGACCUCAAAGUCCGCAUGAGAGCAAACAAGAGAAAAGUCCUCCCACAGUCUAGAGACAUGGUGACCAGCCACAAUCGCCGACAUACAUACGACACGAUCACCGAUAUGAAUGAUACCAUGAGAAUCGAAUGGACAGACGUAUCUUCGAAGCCAGAGUUUGUUACCGGCAUGGAUGCGCUCCGCAUCCCGGAUGAAUCUACUCCUCGCUACAGGUUAUAUUGGCCCAUCCGGCAUGGGUGGGUCAACGAAGCAGACUAUUCAUCAGCAAGAUUCCUAUGGGAAGACAUCAGAAUCAUCAUACAAGAAGCCAUACGAUCACAGCUGGGGGUCCAACCGGGGGAUCUUAAUCAGUACAGCUGUGUGAUCGCCAUUCCAGAUUACUACGAGAGAACCUAUGUGACUACGCUACUGGAUAUGGCAUUGACCAUCUUCAGUUUCUCGAAGGUGUCCUUCAUCCAGGAAAGUCUGGCAGCGUCCUUCGGCUGUGGAAUGAUGACAGCCUGCAUCGUAGACAUUGGCCACCAGAAGACGUCAAUCUCAUGCGUCGAAGAUGGCAUGAUCGUUGAGAACUCGCGAGUCAACUUGAAGAUGGGCGGACAAGACAUCACCAAUCUUUUCGUGAAAAUGAUGAUCUACAAUCACUUUCCGUAUGCGGAUAUCAACCUCAAACGGCGAUACGACUAUUUGCUGGCAGAAGAGCUGAAGCAGAAGCUUCUAACCAUGACGGAAGCCGAUAUCUCUGUUCAGAUGUAUGAUUUUCAUCUACGAGCGCCAAACCAAGAGACCCGAAAAUAUACCUGCAAGAUCUACGAUGAAGCCAUCCUGCCGGUCCUUUCACUUUUGAGGCCGGAGAUGUUCGACAUGACUGGUAAACUGAAAGAUCGACAUAAACUCAUCGACAGAUCUUAUGACAUCUACGAUGGCAAACCAAAUGAUCCAACAAGCACUGCCCAAGCUGAGAUCCUCACUGCUAUAGCGCCUGAGGAGAUCCUCUCAAUCACAAAGGCCAAACCGAACGGAUUGUCAACUAACGGCCAUGUGGGCGGUGUCAGCGGAACCGACUCACGGCGGCCGUCUGUAUCUCACUUGCCAAACCUUAAUGGAGAUGGAGCAGACGGAACUCCCCAAGCCUCUCAAGCAAGCUCACCCGUUCGUCAAAUUGAAGCCGGCGGAACCCCACAACCAGACGAACCAGGGACACCCCUGCCCAACCCGCUUGAUACGAUGGUGGUAAAACCUAAGGAGGAGGAAGAAGUUGAGGAGCCGCUUUCCAUUGAGCGACGCGAUGACAUACUGCCGGUGUAUCCGCUUUUCGCUGCGGUCAUGGCAUCGGUCAACCACGCGGCAAGAGGCUCGCCUCAACGAACUCGUGAGUUCUUGCAAUCGAUCACUCUUGUCGGCGGUGCCUCCAUCACACCCGGGCUAUCGUCGCAUCUAGAAGAGAUUCUACAAGGUCAAAUGCCUGGGUACGGGCGGGAUAUCAACGUUCUGAAACCGCCACGAGAGUUGGACGCUCAAGUGGUUGUCUGGAAGGGUGGUGCCGUUUUCGGUCGCAUGAGUCGUACCAAUGACAGUUGGGUCAGUCCUAUGCUGUACGAGAGACUGGCGGAGCGGGUGUUGAGUCACAAGCUCAUGUGGGCUUGGUAG